AUGGCACAGAGUAGAACAGAUAGAAUUGGAACAAUAUUUUCAAGGUAAUAUUAUUUCACAUAGAUUUCAUGAAACUUUAAACAUAUAUGUAUUCUAUAUAAAAUAGGUUAAAAAUUCUAUUAUUAUUUAUAAUUAUAUACAUAUAUAAAUUCAUUAUAAAUUAUACAUAAAAUUAUUUAUAUACAAAACGAUUGAUAAGAGAUGAAAGCAUUGUUAUUCUAUUAAAAAUUAUAAAUGCACAGCAAAAAAUUUAAAUCGAGUUAUUUUGAAACUCUAGAAAAUCAAAUUUAUUUAAACUACAAAAAAAUAAUCUUUUAUCAUUUUUUUUUAAAUUUCAUUCUACUUCAUUUACUUUAUUUUUAGAAUGACAGCAUUGGUACGUGCAGAUGUGUUACAUCCAAAUAAUUUACCAUUAUGGUAUGAAAUAUAUAAAACAUUUCCUCCAAAAUAUGAACCUAAAUAUAAUAGAAGACCACCAACAACAGAAAUACAAAAUAUAUUUUAUCAAGAAGAUCUUAUAAGGGCAAAAUUUCAAAAAGAUAUAUCAGUUCCUAUAAUAGAUAUGAAAAGUGAUGAUGUUACCAAAACUCAAAUCUUUUAUACUUUAUACGAAUGCUUAUUACAGGGUGGUGUUAAAAAAGAAGAAGCAUAUAACAAAGCAAUGAUAAGUUAUAAGUCAAUUUUCAAGACUUACAAAUCUAAACCAUUACAUAAAAGUGCUAAACAGAAUGAACCUUAG